AUGUCGGACGCUUGGCCACCUCAACUUAAAGAAUGGGUCGCAAAAUGUCUUGGACAGCUGUCGGAAUCGAACAAACAGGAAGUUCAGGCUGAAUUAAAGCAGGUUAUAGGUGAAGCAUAUAAUAACAAGACAUUAUGGACGACAGAUUGGAAUGGGAUACAGCUAAAGAGUCUCAUGCCUAAGCCACCUUCGCAACUCAACCUCAAACGCAAAUCUGACGAGAAAACAAUCUCGAAUAAGAAAAAGAAAUCUACGUCUAAGCAGAAUUUGCAACCUAGCACUUCGAUGGAUCCAACUGACAGGGCAGCAUUGAACAGGAGGGCGGAGCGGUUUUCGCGAGAGCAUGAAAUUGAGCGACAGAAGUCACUGCGCAAUGGACAGGGUUCUUCACAGGUUACGCUUCCUCAUUCCAGCCUCAUCACACGAAUUCAGAGUCACUCACGUUCCGGAUCUCCCUCGACAUGGGGUAACGAUGGAUUAGAUGGUACUGAACGAACAAUCGAUUGGGACAAAUAUAUUAUCAUUGGGACCUCGCAGCAGCUCUUCAAAGACUAUCUGCGACUGACGACCGAACCUGAUCCAAAGGACAUCCGGCCUUACCGAGUCCUCGAACGGACUUUAGCAGAACUGAAAAAGAAAUGGCGAGAAAAUAACGACUAUCCUUGGAUAUGUAAUCAAUUCAAGAGCAUGCGACAAGAUUUAACAGUGCAAAGGAUAAAGAAUGAAUUUACCGUGUCUGUGUACGAGAUUCAUGCACGCAUGGCUUUGGAGGCGGCUGACAUGGUGGAAUACAAUCAAUGCCAAGCAAUGCUGAAAAACUUAUACGAGACGGGUAUACGCGGUUGCAAUGACGAAUUUACAGCAUAUCGAAUACUCAUGUUGCUUCAUGGGAUGAAUAGAAGUGAUCUAAAUUUACUUGUAGGUCAACUAACGGAGCAACAGAAACAACAGAAUGCUAUUCGUCACGCAUUGGCUGUGCAGCGUGCGAUGUCUACGAAUAAUUACCAUGCUUUUUUCGCAUAUUAUAAUGACGCACCUAACAUGGGGGCAUAUAUCAUGGAUCAUUUCGUUGACAGAGAGCGGACCAAAGCGCUUAUGAUAAUGUCAAAAUCGUAUCAACAAAUGCCCCUUGUAUUUAUCCGGGACGAAUUGGCGUUUGACAAUACCGCACAGGUCACAUCUUUCUUGACACAGCAUGGGGCGGCGACUUACCAGAAUCCGAAUGUGGCAGACGAACAGAAGGCUCUGAGCUGCAAGGCCCUGCAAGCCCCGUUAACCCAGGCCUUCGAUGAAAAGUACAGGAAGGCAACCAUCAAAGGUGCUAUUUAA